AUGGCACCCUCAUUAGUCGCCCUUCUAGCUGGUCUAGCAUGUGUCGGCUCAGUUGCAGCGCAGCUGUCAGGAACAGUCGGUCCCACUACAUCGCGAGCCUCAAAGGCGGCAAAAAAGCGAUGCAACAUCAUGGAUUAUGGAGGUGUGGCAUCGGCUACGACCGAUAACGGGGAAGCAAUCAAUGCCGCAUGGAAGGCCUGCGCUGCAGUAGGAGGCGAAGUCUACAUUCCGGAGGGAGAUUAUGGUUUGGGCACCUGGUUGACGCUGUCGGGGAGCAGCAUGUCAUUCUGCCUUGAUGGCAUCAUCCAUCGUACUGGAACCGCUGGCGGUAACAUGUUUAUGUUCAAGCAUAUCACCGAUUUCGAACUUUAUAGCAGCACAUCCAAGGGAGCUAUCCAAGGAUAUGGCUACGAAUAUCACAAAGACAACACUUACGGCGCGCGAAUCUUGAGGUUCGCUGAUGUUCAUGAUUUCUCUGUUCAUGACAUUUCGCUCGUGGACUCGCCCGCCUUCCAUUACAGCAUUGAUACUUGCACAAACGGAGAGGUGUAUAAUAUGGUUAUCCAUGGCGGAAAUCGAGGAGGGUUGGAUGGCAUCGAUGUUUGGGGUACAAACAUCUGGAUUCAUGAUGUCGAAGUCAGCAACAAGGACGAAUGUGUUACCGUUAAGAACCCAUCUGACCAUCUUUUGAUUGAAAAUAUCUUCUGUAACUGGUCUGGGGGCUGCGCCAUGGGUUCCCUGGCCACUGGAACAGACAUUCAUGACAUUGAGUACACCAACGUAUACACCCACAACUCCAACCAGAUGUUCAUGUUCAAGUCCAACGGAGGAAGUGGUACGGUUUCCAAUGUGGCUUUGAACAACUUCAUUGGCCAUUCUAACGCCUACACCCUGGAUCUCGAUGCUGCUUGGUCUAGCAUGUCUACCGUGGAUGGUGAUGGCAUUCUUUACUCCAACUUCACUUUCUCCGGCUGGAGCGGCACUUGCGCGAACGGAGUCCAGCGAGGACCUAUCAAGUUCAACUGCCCUGCUGACGUCCCUUGUGCUGAUAUGGUGGUCAAGGAUUUUAGUGUCUGGACCGAUUCAGGAUCCAAAGUUCAGUAUGUCUGCCACAACGCUUACGGAGAGGGAGCAUGCCUUGCCUCCGGAGCAGCUACAGCAACGCAUACCAGCACACAAACCAUCACCACCUCGGGUGCAUACUCAACUCAGACUAUGCCAGGCGAGCUUACAGCUGGCCUCGGUCUCACUCAGUCUAUCGCUAUUCCCACUAUUCCCUCAUCAUUCUUCCCCGGAAAAGCUCCCUACAGCCCCCUGAUGGGCAGCUCAGGCGGAAGCUCGACUGCCGCCCAGGAACAGGAGCUGUCAACUUCAUCGGCUUCCCCUGCUGCUUCUACCGGAGCAGCCACCACCUCAGCUACGGCAACCGCUGUUGCAUCUGAGGAUCCCACUUUCGUUACUCUCUCUUCCGAUGUCUCGGCCGCUCCUUCAUCAACUCCCUCUCAGUCCAAGUCGUCCGCUUCGACUCGCCCUGCGGCACCAGUGCCAUCUUCGUCCGCUUCUAGAGUGAGCUCCGCUCCAUCUGCCGUGCCAACAAAGGCAUCCACGUCAUCUCUAGAGCCGGCUAGUACCGGCUGUGGUCGACACGGCUCUCGCCAUCGCUAUAACCGCCGUUCCCAUGCUUAG